CUGUGCAUUAUGGAAUGGUCUAUAAGCCGGCUGUGGAUUGUCCACACUCACUCCACCUCUCUCAACUAGUUCUGUUCAUUUCAGGCAACAGGGCAACAUACCCAACACACCGACUGUCGGGAUCCCGUACUGAAUCCUGAAUUAUAACAGUGCACAGUGGUUUCAGCAUGUAAUGUCUGUAUAGUGUCACUCACUACCAUAGGAGCCAACUUUUUGUAAUAUUUGGGAGUGUUCGCACCCACCCUCCCAUCCUUCCCUAUCCAUAUGGCUGAAAAAUGCAAUGCAUAGCUAUGAGUACUGUCUGUGGCAGUACAAAUACUGGGGGGCAACCACAGAGCUGGCUCCUAUGCUUGCAGAACAAGCACACCUAUUCCUGUCCAGCACAAAGUGUCUCUAGAAGUUGCUGUAAGUCUGCAUCUGUGCUGUUGCAGAACCUCAGAGUAAACGCUACUCUCAUAUAUUGCUGAGCUGCCCAGUGGCUCUCUCUGCCCACAUACUGUAUGUAGUGCAUGGACAGAGGCUGCAUGGUGCGUAAAGCAGGAACUCGUGUGUACCUGUGAGAUGGAAGGGUUGGGCUGUUAUUCAGAGGGUGACUCACAGAAGAGCUUUGUGUCUGCAGUGAGUCAGGUUACAGAGCUCUCAUAAAACACACCUGACGGCUGCACUUAUAGACAGACACAGUGGAGGGUACAAGACAGAACCAACCAAACAACCAACCAACCAACCAACCACAAGCAGGAUCAGUGUCUCCAAUAAGAUGGCUUUGUGGAGGGGCCUGCCAUUGCUGCUGCCUGCCUUGCUGUUUGCCUUGUCAGUGGUCUUAGAGACAUCAACCAUAGAUGUGCACGUGUCCGUCUGCAACUGCAAUGGCCGCUCCCAGCGCUGUGUUUUUGACAAAGAGUUGCAGGCACAGACCGGAUCUGGGUUCCGUUGCAUAGACUGUAAUGGAGGAACGGAUGGGCCACAAUGUGAGAGAUGCAAAGAUGGGUACUACCCACAGCCAGGAGGCGCAUGCGCGCCCUGUCUCUGCCAUGCUUCAGGCUCUAUCAGUAACCAGUGUGAUAACAAUGGACGCUGCAGCUGUAAGCCUGGUGUGAUGGGAGAGAAGUGCAACCAAUGUCAGCCUGGUUUCCAUGCGCUUACUGAGGCCGGCUGCAGACGACAAGGCUGCGUGUGUGACCCAGCCGGCAGCAGCCAGGGAUGUGACAAGGACGGGAAAUGUGUUUGCAAACCGCAUGUCACUGGAGAGCGCUGUGACAGGUGUAAGCCUGGAUUUUAUAAUCUGGAGGCUGGGCGCUCAGAAGGGUGCUUGCAGUGUUUUUGCUAUGGUCACUCAGCAAGUUGCAGCAGCUCUAGUGAUUACAGUAAAGGCAUGAUCACAUCUUCCUUUGAGAGAGAUGUAGAAGGUUGGACGGCAGUCCUGAAAGACGGGUCACCAGCACCUGUCCCUAUCCGGAUGUCGCGCCAUCAUAAAGAGGUGUAUGUAGCGUCACGCCAGCCAGAACCCUUCUAUUUCAGUGCCCCGGGAGCCUUCCUAGGGGACCAGUCACGGAGCUAUGGCCAAGUGCUGACCAUUAGUUUCCGCGUGGACCGUGGGCGUCACAGGGCUGGUGCUGAAGAUUUGGUGCUAGAAGGGGGAGGCAUGAAAAUCACAGCUCCAUUAACCACUUCCAAAGCUGCACUGCCCUGCAGACUGCCCCAGACAUACACAUUCAGACUGGACGAGCUCUCUUUCAGCCCUUGGACUCCACGGAUCAGUCACUUUGAUUUUAGGCGUCUUUUAAGUAAUGUGACUUCCCUACGCAUUCGUGGCACCUACGGUGAAUACAGUACUGGAUACCUGCAAAAUGUUUCCCUGGUCACCGCUCGGCCCGUUUCUGGGGACGCAGCCUCCUGGGUGGAGAAAUGUGAUUGCCCUAUUGGCUACAAAGGAUAUCACUGUGAACAGUGUGCCCCCGGGUACCGCAGGGAGUCCCCUGCACUUGGGGCCUUCAGCUCCUGUGUCGCCUGCAGGUGCCAGGGUGGUGGACUGUGUGACCCAGAAACUGGUGACUGUUACUCUGGCGAUGAGAAUCAGAACAUUGACUGUCCCGACUGUUCCCAUGGACAGUAUAAUGACCCUCGGGACCCCCAGAGAUGCCUCCCAUGUCCGUGUAGUCCUGGCACAGGAUGCUCAUUGUCUCCAGAGACUCAGGAGCCUGUGUGUGACCACUGCCCUGCAGGGCUGAGCGGUACUCGCUGCGAGAUAUGUGCAGACGGAUAUUUUGGGGAUCCCGAAGGAGAACACGGUCCUCGCCGUCACUGCAGGCCUUGUCCGUGCAACAACAAUAUUGAUCCAAGUGUAGAGGGAAACUGUGACAGAGUGACUGGAGAGUGUUUGAAAUGUGUCCAUAACACAGCUGGAUUAUACUGUGACCGAUGCAAGGAGGGGUAUUUUGGUAACCCACUGGAUCCAAAUCCAGAACUCAAAUGCAAAGCGUGUCACUGUCAUCCAGUAGGUUCCCAACAACCGAGUUGCCAAAAAGAUGGCUCAUGCCAGUGCAAAGCUGGAUUUGAUGGGGAUCACUGUGACCAACCAGAGUGCCCCGACUGUUACUCUCAGGUCAGCGAGAAGGUGAGUCUGUACAAGAGACAACUUCAGGACCUGACUGGUGCCAGCAAUGGUCAGUCUCAGGUCCCAGACACACGUUAUCUGGAGGACCAGAUGAGAAGAGCAGAAGAAGUAACUCGGAACAUGUUAAGAGAAGCAGAAUCCGCUCAUGGUGCAGAGCAGUCCUUGCAGAAGCAGAUGUCAGGGCUACAAAGAGGACAGGCUGAGGCCCAGAACGACCUGGAGCAAGUGCAGGGGAAGCUCCGAGGUGCAGAGACCCAGACCGGUCAGUACCAGAGCCAGCUGCAGGAUACCAAGAGGAAGAUUGCGCUGGCACGGCAGCAGCUGGAGGAAGGGCAGGCCGACCUAAACCGCCUGACAUUUCCUUCUGCAAAUUUGCCCUGGAGUUCAGGCUCUUCCUCACAGCUUGGACAGGAGGCCCAGACUAUAGCAAACAGACUUGCCCAGGAGGCUCAGACUGUGGCACAGGACGCAACAGAUGCCCUGGAAGAUACCCAGAGAGCAAUGCAAUUACUACGUUCCGGUGACACAGAUCUCAAUGGUGCAGAGAGACUGCGAGCAAGAUUGUAUGAUGCCCGCACCCAGGCUGGGGCAGUGGAGGCAGAGGCCAUUCAAGUUGCUGCGGCUGCAGAGAGGUCUCAUCAGAAUAGCAUGCAGACAGCACGGUUGCUGGCACAGGCCUCACUCAUGGACCCUGUGGGAUUCCAGGGAGAGAUGGACCGUCUCAAUGGAGAAUCCUUAUCCCUGAGAACCUUGGUGGAAGGAGAAAUAUCUCAGAGCAAAAACUUGCAAAGCAAAGUUACUGUCUUGGAAGAGGCGGCAGAACAGCAGCUUCAGGAGGGGCAAAAGUACAGCUUGUUGGCAGAUCAGUUACUGUCACGAGCAAAUGCAGCAAAGAAUAAAGCAGAGCAAGCAAUGCUCACAGGGAACACCACCUACUAUGACAUUGAGGGCAUGUUCACUAGCCUGAAGGGGUUUGGGGAGAAAGUGGGGGAUCGCCGCAGCGAAGCUGAAGAUGCAAUGAGACGUCUCCCAGAGAUCCGGCAACAGACUCAGGCAGCCGCCGGUACCACAGAGAGAGCAGAAGCGACACUGAAGGGGGCAGAGAAAGACGCUAGCACGGCCGCUGGAAACUCCAGGGAAGCUCAGACUAUCACAUCUGCCAUACAACAGGACAUGCUGCAGAUGAGCCAGGAUGUGAAUAGCUCUGCUGAACUGGCCUUAACCCUGGAGCGAGAGUUUGCAGCGCUGCGUAAGAUGGCUACAGGAACAGCCGGAGACCUGGAUGAUAGGACUCAGGCAGCAGAAGGAGACAGUGCAGCUGCCCAAGGGGUUGCUGAGAGUGCGCUGGAAGCAGAGGCCAGUGCUGGUGGCACCCUGGAUGCUGUAACGGCGACACUGCGUGCACUUGAUCGUGUGCUAAGUCUGUUGGACCAACCUAUGGGAGGAAAGGAUGAAGACUUGAGAGCUCUAGAACGAAGUAUGCAAUCAGCUCGUACUCAGAUCACUGGGCGCCUCAGGCCUGCUGUGGAAGAGAUGGAGCUGGCCGCUAAACUCCAAAGACAGAGGAUUCUCAGCUUGGACGAAGGGAUCCAACAAACCCUUAUUGACAUCCAGAACCUGCGAGAUAUACGUAACACCUUGCCACCAGGAUGCUACAGUACCACGGCUAUUGAAAGGCCUUAGCAGAACAUGGCUCCGUGUUGGUCCAGCAAAGGCCCACUAAGAGGCACUAGUCAUUCACACUCACCCAAACUGUGACCAUGUCCAAUGACUGCACUAUAAGAGCACCCUUUACCCGGGGGUGUUCUGGGAGAAAUACAUUCUGAUUUGGACAUGGCUGGGACAGGACUCGCACAGUUCACAGGGGCAUAAAACUACCUAAAGGCAUGACAUUUGUCUCUCUCAUAGAGAUUGUGCUAAUUAUUCUGUCUUUUUACCCGAUUUAUUUAUUAAUAAAAUGUAACCAACCGUUA